AUGCAAUACCGAUCAGGACUCAUCGCUGUUCUCGGCUUCAGCGCAACCGCAUUCGCUGCUCCCUCAGGUUCUCUCGUAGAUGCCAACGUCGUCGCAAACGUUAUUUCCCCAUAUGAACCUGUUACAGUCAAUAACAACGUACACGACAGAGAUGCUCAAAACAUCGCCUCGCCAUUCUCCACCUCCACCGGCGCCAUCUCUGCUGCUAAGAGACAAGUCGGAGGUCUCCUAGGAGGUGCUGUCCCAGGAGGUGUUCUUGGCAGCAAAGGCGGUGUUGUAGGUGGUCUUUUACCUUUGGGUGGACUCGCCUCCUCUUCGGAUGCAGAUUUAUCUCACCCCAUCGCAGACAUCGCCGCAGACGUUGUCGUCAAACGCAGCAAUGCCAGAAGACAAGUUGGAGCUGUCACAGGUCUCACCGGUGUUACUGCCACCGGCGGUGCCAUCACCAAUUCUGGUAAUGUCGUAAGACAAGUUGGAGCCGUCUCAGGUGUCUCAGGUGUUACCGCCCCUGUCACUGCACCCGUCACUGCACCCAUCACAGACAUUGUCAAACGCAACGUCAUCGCCAUCACCGAUGUCGUCUCCUCCGUUCACACCUUGAGAACCACCGUCGUCUCAAACGUUGUCUCCAUCCACGCUCUCGUAGGCUCUGUUGGCACCACCGCUGUUGGUCAACAAGGUCUUGCUGAGGAAAUCAUCAAGGAUUUGGGAGAAAUUGUUGGUGCGCUUACCUUUGCCGUUGAUGGUGUCUUGGCCCUGACCUUACCUACCGUUGUCAAUAUUGUCGUCACCGAGGUUGCCGAUGUCCUUGCUAUCUUGAGUAAUGUGGAGGCUAUUGUUUUCCAGAUCGUUCAAGUGCUUUCCGAUCUCGUUGGUGGUCUUUUGGACUCUACCUUCGAACUCGUUACCGCCGAAUUGACAGAAGUCUACAAGCUCCUCAACCCAGUCCUCAGCCCAGUCCUCACCUAUGUCGGUCUCGUCCAAUGCAAUGGUGAUGUUGGUCUCCUCCAAGAGGUUGCUGCUGCCGUUAGUGGUAUCUUGGGUUCCACCAAUGGUCUUUUGGGAAAGAACGGUUUGGCCGUCAUUGAGUUGUAG